AGUCACAUGACGGAGGCUUAAAGGGAACACCAGGGGCUCCGUUUGAAGCGGGUGUGUGUGUUAAGGCUCUGAUAUCGGAGAUGGGGGGAUUGAAAUGUGUCGUAAACUUAAUUGCUUAAACUGCGUCAAGCCUGGUUAGUGUAGCCCAAUGCUCAAAACUAGGGGGUAGCUUCCACCCUCUUUCUUUUUGCUCUAGGAACCUCAGCAGGGAGCUUGCCACAGGAGGAGGGGUUUCUUUUGUUGGAUUAUGCUUAGCACGCUGAUGAGUCUGGAUGAUUAAUUUGUCUGUCACUGUUCAGUAAGAUGGCUGAUGAUCUGAAAAGAUUUCUGUACAAAAAGCUGCCAAGUGUUGAAGGACUUCAUGCUAUUGUUGUGUCCGAUAGAGAUGGUGUGCCUGUUAUCAAAGUUGCCAACGAUAAUGCUCCAGAGCAUGCCCUUCGACCUGGUUUCUUGUCAACCUUUGCCCUUGCAACGGAUCAGGGCAGCAAGCUAGGCCUCUCCAAAAACAAAAGUAUUAUCUGUUACUACAACACAUAUCAGGUGGUUCAGUUCAAUAGGCUCCCAUUGGUAGUCAGUUUCAUUGCUAGCAGCAAUGCCAAUACAGGUCUGAUUGUAAGUUUGGAAAAAGAGCUUGCACCCUUGUUUGAAGAGCUGUGGCAGGUUGUGGAGGUGUCUUAAUUGAAUCCAUCUGCAGAACGAAACGUCUCCUUAAUACCAAACAAAUGAGAAAGAAACGUCAGUCCUUCUCAGUGACCUGUCAUGCAGAUGUCACUUCCUCUUGUUCUAAAUUUAAAAAAGAAAGAUUCUUCAUCGUGCUCCAUCUGAAAUCACACACUAAUAUGAUUAUAAAGCAAGACUGGGAGAGGUGGGCUGUGGCCACAUUCAUUAAACGAUGGGGAUCUUUGAGCGACUCCCAUGGAGUUAACCUCAGGCAAUGCAUUGUGCAGAUCAUAUUUCAUGAAGUGUCCAAAGCAGGGAAAAUAGGGUUUGAUCGAAAAUGCUGCCCACUGCUUCCUUAACAGUGUGGGCCCCUCUGCCAUUUACACCAUCGUAAUAGAAACUGGGAGAAAAAAACACAUUGUUUUUUAGCAUUCUCUUGCAAUGAGCUCAUUGCAAGGCGGAGUUUUGCUGGCACUGAUAGGCAGUUGGUUAUUUUUUGUGGUUUUGGUUUUUUUUAAAAAAAGACCUAAUAGUCAGAAAGUUGACUGCUUUUUAAUAGACACUUGCUAGUUGUUUGGCACUUUUGGAGCAGAAAUCAAAGUUCCCAGUUGCUCUUUGUUCUCUCUGCAUUAUUCCUUUGUAAAAUGCAAGGAUGAAAUCUGUGCCCUUCCCAGUGGUCACUGAUGUCUGAGUAUAUGCAAUGGUGGUGCUUUGUGAGCUCACUUACACUUGAUUUGCUGCCUCAUUUACCUUUGCUUGUUCCUAAACCAAUUUAAAUAAACAUUAUUUAUAAGAUA